AUGCCUUUCAAGCCAUUAUCCUGCGUUUACGGCAAAGUUACAAUACCUCAAAGAUUUAUUGUCGGAAUCAUGUUGCAACUAGCUUUGAUAAAUUCCUACCACUUGAGAGUUGUGCUGAACAUAGCCAUAACUGAGAUGAUACGCCCCCCCCAAGAACAAGAAAAAGAAUACGAUUCAUGUCCGGAAUUCAAACAUGAAAAAUUGGAUAUUAAGGGAGGCACGUUCGACUGGCCCACGUGGUUGCGAGCCUUCAUCCUCUACGCCUUCUUCAUCGGCUACGCUUUGAGUCAGUUGCCGGGGGGUUGGUUAGCCGACAGGAUCGGCGCCAGACAUGUUAUGGGCACUUGUAUGUUGGUGUCUAUAACCGUGUCGCUCGUAUUUCCCAUCUCCGUCGAAUACGGUGGUCAUCAAGCAGCCAUAGGACUGAGAGCCGUGUUGGGAUUGGCACAGGGGCCCAUGUAUCCCACGACCUCCUCGUUUUUGCAAAAAUGGGCCCCCGUUAGCGAAAGGACAUUUUUGGCAGGAAUAGCGUUUAGUGGAGGCAACUUGGGUGCCUUCACAGGAAAUCUACUCACAGGAGUAAUAAUCAAAGAAACCAGCAACUGGCCGAAUGCUUUCUACGCUUGGGCAGUGGUUGCCUUUGUCUGGUACAUAUUCUACUUAUUUAUGGUAUUCUCGCGUCCCAGUACACACCCCUUCAUAACAGAAAAGGAGUUAAAGAUGUUGAGUGAAGAAUUGGAGGAGUCCAAGAAAUUUGUCGUACCCUGGACACAAAUUCUCAGAUCUGUGCCAGUUUAUUGUAUACUGUUGUCCCAACUCGCCCACGACUACACGUACUUCACCCUGGUGACGGAUCUGCCCAAGUACAUGAAGGACAUCCUGAAAUUGAACAUCAAAGACAACGCCACCUUCAGCGCCAUACCAUUCUUGAUCCUAGGGUUGUCGAAUGUGCUGUUUUCCAAGCUGAGUGACUUCAUGAUUAAACGCGGUUGCAGGACCGUGGUAAUGAGGAAGGUGUAUAGUUUCGUUGGAAAUGUUUUCCCUGCUAUUUGCAUGGUGACUGCGGCACACAUAGGAUGUACCAGAGCGGGCGCCAUCACACUGUACACCGUAGGGAUGUUCUUCAUGGGUUUGUAUUAUCCUGGAACAAUGGUGAACAUCAACGACAUCAGCCGCCACUACUCUGGCACCAUCAUGGCGUUGACCAACGGGCUGUGUUCUUUGACGGGUAUAGUAGGGACCUUUGUGGUUGGUCAUUUGACCCCACACGGGACAAUAGAAGAGUGGCGAAAGGUGUUUUGGAUAGUGUUCGGAGUGUGCACAAUAAAUACUACCAUUUACGUAAUUUUUGGAAAAGUCGACCGGCAGCCCUGGGAUUAUCCUAAAGAAGAAAAAGAAGAAGAAGAAGGAGGAGGAGGAGGAAAAACUGAGUGA